AUGAAAACUCAAACAAAUAAAAACUCCUCCCAUAGACAAUUUUUUAUUAUUAGAAAUGAAUCAGCAGCUAUAAUUAGAAGACAUUAAUAAUGUCAGCCUUCUCUUUAAACUCCCAUUUCUUUUUUUGUUCAUGGCCAAUCUUUAGCGCCUACCAAACAAAAGAAUCUUAAUAAUAAACCAACUCCAAGAGAAAUAAAAUUUAAGACUACUCUCAAAUAAGUAAACCAAUUUUUAUCAAUCUCUAUUAGAUUAAACAAAAACUAUCCCUUUUAAAAAGAGAAUAACAGGAAAUCAAAUAAUAAUUCAUUCAAAAUUCAUAAAUUUUCAAAUCUAAUUUACAAUAAAUCAAAUCCCCUCAAUAAUUUAAUAUUAAUUCAAUUGAAUAAUAUUUUUGUGUAUAAACUAAGUAUCAAAUUAUCUCAAUAAAAUAAGGUUCUUUUAAGAGGACAUUUCCAAAUUAAAACAACAAAUAGAAUUGAUUAAUUUCUAAGUUUCAGGACUUUUAUGA